GUUUGAUGAAAAAGUAAAUAGGAAGAAAUGGAAGCAGAAGUGGCACCGCAAAUAAAGCAAGAACCACCACUUGCAUCCAUAGCUACUCCAAACGACGUCGUUACUCCCACACCACCACCACCUCAUCAUACUACUACUACUACUCUACCUCAUCAACCUCUCACACCUCAAGAUACCGAUGUUUCAUCGAAGAAAAGUUCAAAAGGAUCUCUUGACAGAGAUAUUGCUCUUUCACAGCUUGAAAAUGAGAAAAGGUCAUCUUUCAUCAAGGCAUGGGAAGAAAGUAAAAAAAGCAAAGUGAACAACAAGGCACAAAAGAAGCUCUCUGCAGUUGCAACAUGGGAGAAAACUCAUACAGCAAAGCUUGAAGCUAAACUGAAACAACUUGAGGAUCAACUAGAGCAUAAGAAAGCAGAAUACGCGGAGAAGAUAAAAAAUGAAGUAGCGUUGAUUCGUAAGGAGGCAGAUGAGAAGAGAGCUGAGGUUGAAGCGAGACGAGGGGAAGAAUUUCUGAAAGCAGAGGAGAGAGCAGCAACGUAUCGCGCUACGGGACAAACCCCUAAGAAGAAGCUUCUUGGAUGCUAUGGUUGUUAACGAUGUUAUGAAGAUUAUGAAAAAAUAACUUUGAUUGUAGUAAAUUUCAUGCUGCUGUUUUUUUUAAUGUGUGUUCUGUUCUAUAAUGAGUGUGCAAUUUGGUUCUCUCUGUUUUCUACUCUGCAUAUGAAAACUACUCAUGUUGAAUGAAGUGUCAAAUCUCAAUUUUGUCGGA